ACAACAGCAAGGUCCAGAUGAUUAUGAACCACACGAGGACGCACACGUAUCUUCGAUGGAACAGCAGCAAGGCCGCCAGGAAGUUAGUACUUUUUCGUCCCAAGCAGGACUACAACGUGCAGAACAAGGCAACUGUUCCCCUGAUUCAGCGACAAAUGUUGCAGCGCUCACUCCUUCUUUCAGCGCUCAUUCUAGCGAAGACAGACAUUCAAAAUCUUAUACCACGGAAGAAGGGGCUCGGGCUGGAGAAGAGUGCUUUCCCUCUAG